UUCCGGAAGUGUUUUGCUGCCGCUAAGAUUAGAGCUAGCGGUUAGAUCCAUUGUUAGAUUUUUCUAUUAAAUGUAUCGUAAUUUACACAUUUGUUUAGUUGGAAUGUUUUCACUACUAUAUUAGAAAGUAAAGAUGGUAACAGAAAAAAACAUUUAAUUGAUCAAAAGCUAAACGACCGCAAAACAACAGGCAGCACAAACAAAAGCUAAGGUUUGUUAGCAUUGCUUACAAGUAUGAGUUUGGCAGUUAAACGCGAACCCAGGAAGACUGCGGGAAACCGCAUGUCUAAACUGUUGGAUGCCGAAGAAGAGGAUGAGUUUUAUAAAACAACGUACGGAGGCUUCAACGAUGAAUCUGGAGAUGAUGAAUAUCAUGGAGAGCACUCAGACACAGAGGAUGAGGUGGACAGUGACUUUGAUAUCGACGAGGGUGACGAACCUGACAGUGACCAGGAGGAAGAUGCUCCUCGGAGGAAGAGUCGAGUCGUUACCAAAGCUUAUAAGGAGCCCAUAAAGGUGGCAAAACCCAAACCUAAAAAACCAAAUGAGGAGCAGAAAAGGACAGAGAAAACCAAAGUGGAGCUCAAAAGAAGGAUUCCCCAAGAAUUUCAAGAUUUUGCUGAAACUCGAAAGUCUGUGAGACAGUCCACCAGUGAACACACGAGGAAAACCAACCUGCGCUUACAGGAGCGCCAGGAUGCUCCUCGGAGACGGAGAGGCGCUCACCGGGAUCGUCCUCUGACCCAGGAAGAACUGCUGGCAGAGGCUAAAAUCACAGCUGAGGUCAACAUUCGAUCUCUGGAAAACUACGAACGUUUGGAAGCAGACAAGAAGAAACAGGUCCAUAAGAAGCGGCGUUUUGAGGGGCCGACCAUCCGUUACCAUUCAGUCCUGAUGCCCCUGGUCUCUCACUCACUCCUUAAGGAGGAAAAUGUGGAUGUGGAGGGGCUGGAUCAGGACAUCUCUGUGACUGCACCACAGAAUCCCACCACGACUCCCCAGCAACCCACUGGAGGCCUGUGCUCCCGGACUUACAUAACGUUCAGCGACGACGAAGCCUUUGAGACGGCCUUUCCUCCCAGAGCCAAGUCCAGCCCCCAGAUUCCAGUUCAGGAGAUUUGUCCCGUCACGCACAAGGCAGCGUUGUACCGGGACCCAGUAACGGACAUACCCUAUGCCAACGCUCGAGCCUUCCGCAUCAUCAGAGAGGCGUACCGGAAAUACGUGGCAGCUCACGGGUUUCCAAGCAGCUCAGGAGGAGGAGCAGGGGCAGACUCCUCUGCGAUGAAGGCGGUGCGCCCGAAAAUGGUCGUCAAACAAAGUGGAGUUACGACAUAAAGGAGUAUUUUUUUUUUUUUUUUAUACAUUAAAAUGUAAGCUUUCUAUU